UCAGGGUUAUUUUUUACAUCUUCUUCUGAUGUUUGUAAGCUAAAACGUUCACUCUAUGGCUUAAAACAAGCUCCACGGGCUUGGUUUGAUAAGAAAUGACUCUGCAUUAAUCUCUCAACUUCAAGAGCAUCUUCAACGUUCUUUUCAUAUGAAAGAUUUAGGUCCUCUACAAUAUUUUUUGGGCCUAGAAGUGCACUCUACCUCAGCUGGUAUUUUCUUACAUCAACAUAAAUACAUCCAGGAAUUAAUUGCUUUGGCAGGUCUUCAAGAUGGUCGGUCUGUUGAUACUCCCUUGGAAGUAAAUGUUAAAUAUCGCCGUGAUGAGGGUGAUUUUCUCUCAGAUCCCUCUCUCUAUCGGCAAUUGGUGGGAAGUCUUAACUAUUUAACUAUUACUCGGCCUGAUAUUUCAUUUGCUGUUCAACAAGUUAGUCAAUUUAUGCAGACGCCUAGGCAUCUCCAUCUAGCUGCUGUUCGUCGCAUUAUUCGCUAUUUACUAGGCACUUCCUCUCGUGGUCUUUUCUUCUCCAAAAAUUCUCCUAUUCAUUUGGUAGCCUAUAGCGACGCUGACUGGGCAGGGUGUUCAGAUACUAGACGAUCAAUUACUGGUUGGUGCAUGUUUCUUGGAAAUUCUCUUAUUUCUUGGAAAAGCAAAAAGCAAGAUAGGGUGUCUAAAUCCUCUACUGAGUCAGAGUAUCGUGCUAUGUCCUCUGGAUGUUCUGAGAUCAUUUGGCUUCGAGGCCUCUUAGGUGAGCUUGGGUUUCCCCAACUUGCACCUACUCCCCUUCAUGCCGAUAAUACUAGCGCUAUUCACAUUGCUGCUAAUCCUGUAUUCCAUGAGCGUACAAAACAUAUUGAAGUUGAUUGUCACUCUAUCCGUGAAGCAUAUGAUGAUCAUGUUAUUUCUCUUCCUCAUAUUACCACUGAUCUCCAAACUGCUGAUAUAUUUACUAAAGCUCUCUCCCGUCAUAGACACAAUUUUCUGGUUGACAAAUUGAUGCUUUUUGAUCCACCAGCAUCAAUUUGAGGGGGGAUAUCAAGGGCAGUAGUUGGGAUCUGGUCUACUAAAUGCAAAAGUCAAGAACAGCUGCUUAUGGAAGUCAAGGACAGCCUGCUAGCAAAAGUAAAAGUCAAGAACAGCUGCUUAUGGAAGUCAUGGGCAGCAACUGAUUAUGAGAUCUGAUCUGCUAGCAAAAGACAAGAACAGCUGCUUAUGGGAUCUAGUCUACUAAUUGCACUAAUCAAGGAGAGCUGAUUAUGGUCUACUAUAUUAGAUGUAUAUUAGCAUAUAUGUAAUUAAUACAUUAGGGAGGUAGAUAUUCUGACGGAGGAGAGAAGGUACAGAGUUUUUCUAUUUAAAUGGAAAAGAUGCACAAAAGAGGCAUUCGGUCUUUGAUCUAGAAAACUUGUCAUUAUUUUGGUUCUGAGCAGCUUUGUUAAUUUUUGCUCCGUUUAAUCUUUUUUAUUCUUUGUAUUGUUGAAUUUGGGACCUUUCAAAGGAAGCCGCUGUCUUUUAGGCUCUUCUGUGCCAAAUUUUUCUUCUUACCAUUUUUGAACUCCCAAACCUUGUCUUGUCUUGUAAGAAGGAGCAAGGCUUGAUAUUCUUCAGUCAUAAGGUUGUCUUUUAUUGCUGUAUUUAUCAAAAGUAGAAUGCAGGGAUGGUCCUUCAGUACUUGCUUGGGAGAUUUUACUUAAACAGUAAAUGCUGUGAAAGAAAAGUAUUAACUUUACCUGCUUUUGCAAGCUGGAAAGUGAACUGCUGAUUUUUCCUAUGGAUAAGCUAGUUAUGGAACUUCUUAUUAUUUCCUUUUUCUUUUCUUUGUUUUCUUGCCCCCAUAGAGUUGUUUCGUUUCUUUAAUAGUAGAAAAGUUGCUGCUUUUCCAUCAAUUAUUACACAUUUUCUUUUAAUAGGAUCUUUCUAAUGACAUUGAGAAAUUUUGGUGUUGUCAUUUUAAUUACUCUUGGACAUUCUAUGCAUUCAUCUUCAUCACCAAUAGAUAUGCUUCUGGGACAUUGGAAAUGUCUUAUUGCUAUUUAAAUACUGCCUACUCAUUGACCAAUGGAUUGUGAUGUACU